GGUAAGUACACUAUGAGGAACUAUAUUAUUUUGAAAAGUUUCCAACGGUCAUGGUACGCUGAGUUUGGCUGCACCAGCCGGCGAGAAUUCCUUAAAAAUAUUCUACGUAUUCACACUCGCGCUUAGGCAAUGAUGAAAUAAAUCACAAUUUAUGUAUUGAGUACUAAGUAUAUUUCAAUCAAAUUUUUGUUUUUUAUCUUUUCAGUAGAAAACCAUGCAUCUGCGUUAUUUUGGUGUGUUCAUCGUCAUGUGCCAUGCACAGCUAACCCAAGCCAUUGCGCAGUGCGUUCGCCCCACAUAUUCAGAGUAUGGUCAUCAUCUUUCCGGUCACGUUAUUACAACGAGUAAAACUUUCAGCAUUACCGAGUGUGUGAUGUUUUGCUUGAACGAGUCUCGCUGCAAGAGUUUGAACUUUCGUUUAAAAGAUAAGUCAUGUGACUUGAAUUCUGCAAACAAACGUACUCAUCCAAGGGAUUUUGGUCCGAAAGAAGGAUCAGUUUAUAUGAACAAGGUAUGGUAUUGGCGAAUUCUAUAAGAAGAAAUUAAACGAAAUAAUGUUUAUCUGGCAGUACAUAUCGAAAAAUUAUGCUAUUUAUUUCUAAAUCCGUGAUCCUCCCACUGUUAUGCUGAUUUGAGAGACGAUAAUGUUUUCAUACGUUUGUCGUCUCACUUUUGCCGCCUGUGAUUGGCUCACAUAUAGAAUCAGAAAAUGACCUCGCAGUAUCUUAAUGUGUUCCUCACGUACGAUUCAAAAUUUCAGGUUCGAUUAAUAAAAUCUCUAUCCUUUUCGGUUUAAAAAGUGAGAUUUCUGCCUCUGGUUCGGCCUUUUGUCCAAACUCGAGAAGAAAAAUACUCUUGUAUUAGGCUUCGUUGUUUCACGAUUGCGAUCAACUAGUGAAUACAUCCUUUCCCGAAUAACCGAAAACAUUUUGCAAUUAUUAUAUAGGAUGCAUUUGUGUUAUUGACCAACCAUAUUUCUCUGAUGGUUGUUUGUUAAAAUAGCGCGUGGUACACGGGGCUCCCAAAUAUUAGCAACAGAGAAAUAAGUAAACAAAUAAACAAAUGCGUGAAUAAAUAAAUGAUUGAAUAAACGAAGCCAUGUAGUCAAUAACACAUCAAAACACAACAUAACAACUUUACUUAUUAAGUGUUGAUGUCUUCAGCUUAGAGAGAGCUAUUUGGGAACACUAAAAAAUAAUAGGAAAAAACAAUUAUAAAAUGAGUUUAUACAGGGUAUUAUAAGGCAAAUUCAUAAUUCACUAAAGAUCUAAAAUUUAUCAAAAGUUAAAAUUUAAAAGUUAAAAGUUACAGAGUUGUCCCCGCUAAAAUAUACAGAAAAAUGCUAAGAAUAUUUUUCAAGGAUUUGAUAUUGAAUGAAAUACACCGACCGGUCCAGGAUUUGUGCAUACAUCACCGCAGGACAGGAGACGCUGUAGCCUGGAGGUUAAGUCAGAAUUUGGGCAGCGAGUAAUUCUAAUGACAAAGCAGCCUUUCGGGCGAGUAGUACAUGCGACAUGUCGGAUAAUAUGUUGUCGCGAACUUUGAUAGAAAAGAGCCUCCUUAGCAUAGGUAACCUCCACAAAACGGUGCCCGUUGAUAGAGGCCCGGGUCAGUCGUGUAUUAAGAGAGUAAAAAUUGCUUCCAAGUAAGAAACAGAGGCAUAGCAUGUUGACGAUGUAGGACCAACCCAUCACUGAUCCGACCGCUAUGAGCACGUAACCAUAAUCUAUGAUGGUUAUUUCUGCCAAUAACCAUCUACAAUCUAUAAUCUACAGGAUGAUGAAUUCAAGUCUUGUUCAGAAAUUCUAAAGAAAUUGCUCCAUGCGGAAAGCGGCUACUACUGGAUAACUAUUGGAAAUAGAGACGUACAAGUUUACUGUGAUAUGGAAAAACAUGGUAAGUACAAAAGGAUAAAAUAAAAAGCAAAGGGUAAAUUGUACUUUAAAAAAACCUUAGAUUCUGCCUAUGGUAAGAGAGAAAGGUUACAAGUUCUGUUACUGUUUUUGACCAGUGGCAGUUUUGCUUUAGUUGAAAUUUCGGCCAAUGCACUGAGGUUGAAUUGUCACUUUUGCCAGUGAUAGAGCUUCUGAGUACCUUUUCAAUCCCAAGUAUCCGAUAUAUCCCAUGCUAAAAAUGUAUAAGCGUUUCCUGGGAAAAGUAGGUCUGUACAUUUUGUCGAGGAAACAAUCGCGGGAGUAAAAAAGGAACAAAUAAAGGUAUAUAUUGAGGUUUUAGUUGUUUCGCAUUUGCACAUUUAUUGCUACCAAGAAAAUUUCUUAAGCAUGAAAUCGUGAAAUUCCCUUUUAAUGCUAUCGGAAAGUUUAUCACCGAGUAAGCGUCCUAUCUACAGUUUUCUCAGCUCACUUUUAUAUUUAUCGAACAAAGACAACGUUUAUAAACUGAAAUGCGGCUACAUUUUGUAUUUUAAUUUUAUGCAGGCGGUGGAUGGACCUUAGCCGUGAGCAUCAGUUCCAAGAACAACGAUCAUCUUCAAAGCGCAGCCAACAACUGUCUCAACUCCGUACUGUGCGUUCCUUUUACGGACAAGAACCAGGGUAGAAAGUUGAGUGACAGUGAUAUACAUGAAGUAGCAAAGGAAGAAGGUGAAUAUGAAAAAAAGACAAAUAGCAAUAAUGAUAAUAAUAACAAACAUGGUAAUAACAGUAUGACAUAAAGAGCGACUAUAUUGAGGAUUUGAUCAAUCCACAUUCUGAGUUGACAUAUUGUGUUUGAAUAGCUCUUUUUUAUGAGCGUUAUAACAUUCUUAUUUGUAACUCAUUAUAAAUCAUUGUCAAGACCCCUCCCUAUUCAAUGUUGCAUUUUUGCAGCUCAACGAUAACGGGAAUCACCAAUCAUCAAUUGCAGAUUGUAAAGAUUAGUCUUCUGCGAUUCGUAAAGCGGCCGGUCCGGUCCGAUCAGUGAAACAGGCAGAAAUAAUUGGUAUUUUCAACGAUCUGAUAAAUCAAUUGAAAAUUUUCUCUAAAAGAACAAAACGUCUCCUGUUGUUAUUUUUUAUUUUUUUUAUUUUUUAACUAUUUAUUUACUUUACUAGUUAAAACAGCUAACAGGUUAACAGUGAUGCAUAUAAAGGUUUCCUAUUCCUGAAAUAUUGGUUUGGAAUUAUUAUCUGAGUGGGUUUGUCAAGUGAAGGUGAAGGCUGUGUAUUCAACUAUGACUUUACGAAGCGAGAUUAGUUAUUUACUGUUGUUAUGGUAACAACAUUCAGACACGAUCGGUCUUACAUCUAUAUAUCAAAAUGUUGUCUUGUAAAUGUAAGGGUAUACACUUAAAUCACUUUAUAAUGGGUAACGAAACACUUCUUUGCAUUGCAGUCAAACGUAUUUUUGUGUCCUUCCAGGAACUUUUAGGGUCGAUGUGUUACAAAGUGAUGGCACUUUCUUGCAUACAGUAUUUUAUCGGGUAAAUGUCUGAUACUCAUUUAUUUGAUCAUUUAUUCCAUACGUUAUUUUACGGAAGACGACUUCAUGAAAAAUGUACCGAAGCUGGAAGGUAACGAAAUUUAUUCAAAACCAAUACGAUGAGCGAAUAAUUGAACACAGAAUGUUUCUAAGAUGAAUUAAAGCUGUUACUUCAAUCUCGUUUCCUUUUUUAUGGAAUCAGAGCAUGUCGUUGAUAGCAAGAGCAUGAAUUUUUAAGUGGUUAGUUUAAGAAGAUGAAAAAGUAAAAUAAGCUCGUCACGAUUAUACUAUGAAUUAGUCUCGUUUUUUUCUUACUUUUAAGAUACCCAGUGGGCAAAACAAAUUCAACUCAACAUGUCAUCAGGGAAAGUAAGUUAACUAUUUCCAUUACUCGUUUUUGCCCAACUUGAUCGUCGCAUUUCAAACAGCAAUACCAAAAGGCAAUCUUAGAAAGUGCAUGCACCACGAAAACGGUGCUAUGGAAUUUGGGUGUUUAUUUAAACAACAAAAAGUGCUUCUCGUUGAAAGAAUGAAGUUGACAUCAAUAUAGCACAGAGCCGGAACACCAAUUAGCGUGGCGAUAAGGGAAAUCGUUCCACAUGUCAAGCUAUACCCAUAAGCUGUCACAAAUUCUCGACACUUCCCCAAUGUAUUAUAGUUUAACGCAUUUGAAGUUCUUUCUUAGUGUAAAACUAUGAAAAACUGGCUGACCGCUUCAAUUCCCAAUGCGAUAUAGGGCUGUUGCUUGAUUACUUAUUCUGAAAAAAAAGAAGAAAAAAAACCUUUCGUUUAUUUCAGUUGUCCACGUAUUAUUAUAUCCCACUCCUAUCCAAAUGGUUGGGAGAGUAGCAGCUGCACAGGGAUUGAAAAGGGAUAUCUUAUCGUGUCGAACAACUACUGGGGUAAGUAAAUAUGUAAAAAAGUAAAUGUGUUCGUGGACAUGUCAUAGUUUUGCGGAUUGUGUAUUCCCAGCGUGUGUAAAAGCCUGUUCCAAGCGUUCAAUGUGACAAAGCGGAGUGCGAUCUUUAAACGACACGAUGAUAAAGGCGGAACCAAAAACAACGAAGGCUUGAGUCGGGGCCCGCCACGGACCCGUUUCUUUUUGCUCCGCAGUUACUAUUGCGCCGUUUACUAUCGCGCUUUGUUUUACUUAUUGAACAUCUGGAACAGCUUGGCGUUUAAGUAAAACCCUCUCUUCCAUUACGAAGGAAGAAACGAUGACACAGACUGUAGUAACCCUUGGGAGUAUCCAAAGGAGCAAGUACUUGCAAAGACAAAGGGGAUCUUCCAGGCAUUUUGGCUGACAGAAACUAAAAGCCAAGUAAUCUCAAUUGCUUACCAGAGCAAAGCAUAUAAAUAACAGAAGCCAUUCAGAGUAACGCCAGGAAAUGCAAGCGAUUAAGUUUCACUUUUCAGUAUUUGAACACCCUUUGACUUAUUGUGCGAAUUUGUUCAAAAAUAACUAUAGUUUUUGAUGGACAUGAUAACGCAGAGUGCGGCGGCUCGAUUUGGUCUUCGUCCCAAUACGGUGAGUAAUAAUAAUAAGAUAAUAGAUAUGAGAUAGUAAUUUCCACAAUCAUUUAUUAAUAAGCAAAUAUUACGGUAAAUUUUUUAAAGCUAAUUUAUUAGCAUCUUUGCCUUCUUCCUCUUGACCAAACGAAAUAAAGCGUUAUUCCCCAAUAGUCAGAUAGACCGAGUUUCUUUGGAUGGAUCUAGGAAACAGUUCCAUAUGAAUUUUUACAAUUUAUUCCUCAACCUUUUCUAUGUUUUGCUCUUGCUUGUUUGUUUGUUUGUUUUUUUCUUUUGUUUUUGUUUUUUUAAUCUAGUUUUCCCUUACCUUUUCCUUUUUUCCCAAUGGUAGUUCGAAGAGUGUAGCAUACUUUCGUUGAUAAUGGUUUAAAAUAUCUGAUUCAAGAGAGCCUUGAUGCUUGGCAUGUUAAAAACAUAUCACUUUUCCGUUAAUAAUUUCAUCCCAAACAGGUAACGGAAAACGUGCCCUGUAUGGUUACACAAUUGGCGGAAAUCGUGGAAUAUACAAUAACUAUGCGGGGAUGAUGUACGUUAAAUAAACAUUGGACAGGUGUUGGCAUAGAUAAAUCUGAUGUGAUAUGUAAAGUUACCAUGAUUUACACAACCUUAAAUCGAAAAUUUAUCAAGGGGAAAAUUAUUUCUUACAUAGCGUUCAAGGGGACAAAACUCCUUUCAUAAACAGUUCGCCGUGGUAGAGCUAUGGAUUAACCGAGGAAAUGUACCGAUGAUGAUUGAUAGAACAAUUUAUUUGUAAUUCCUAUAAGACUUAAGAGUUGACUUCAGAUCUAUUACUGAUUAAUCUAUGACUGAUUAUAGUUAGAAGUUUGUAAAACGCUCUGCACUAAACGCCAUAACGGAAAUUGAUUCCUGCCUAAAUAACUUAAUAAAAGAAAAAAAAAUAUUUAGAAUAAGUUAUUAAUUACGUAAAUAGAAAACAUGGUAAAUCAAUACAAAAAAUUUAAAAUUUGAACAUAAAUAAAGAAAUGAUUGCAAAUACAAUUGAUAGGUCUUACUUAUCUUAGUAGUGACGUAUACUAAACACAGCGAGAGAAAACCAAGAUUCGGGACGGCCAUUAAAUCCAUGAAAACCAUGCAUUAAAUUAGCAGAGUAGAAUAACUUAAAAGUGAUGAAUUGCGCAAGCGCAACUUUUCUGAGAAGGAAACCAGAAAAAAUCCAGUUUAAGUUAACGUUAAAUCCGCCAUCUUUCCCAUCUUAUUGGACGAAUUACAAAUGCUCGAAACAAACCGCAAAUCCACGGUGCUGGUUUAAUUUCUGUUAUUUCGCAGUGCGUUAUUACAUUACUAGGCCCAGAAAAUCAAAACGGAGGCAUUCGCCAAUAAAUAAUGCUAUUUUUAUAAUUUUAAGGCGAAGUUUUAACGUCGUUCAGAUUUCAUUAAAAUUUCCACCAGCUCCGUUAGGAAAUGAUUUGAUUUAACAACAGUCGUUUAUAGGCGAAAACAUCUAUAGUCAGGCACCAUGCACUACAUUUCAUAGCAAACUUAUUUUAAGUUAACUCCGUGUGUCGAAUUUAAGUUCUCUCGUGAUAGGGAUUCUGCCAUACGGACCGUUUCCACCCAAACGUUCAUACCCCGCGUGCGCUCAUUCACCUUUAAUCUACAAAAGAAGGUAGGAUAAAUAUAAGAUCCCAAGAUCUUAUCAUUAAUUCUCCUUCCUGUCUGCCAUACAAUUCUUAUGAUGUUAGUAUAGAGGAUUUGGUAUUGGAUCAACUAAAUAAUCCUCUCAAUGCUAUUUUUCUUUGUUCUCAUCGCUUUUGUACUUGAUAUCGGAAGGAUAUUGUGAGGGGAUCAGAAAUUCUGUCUCGGUCAUUCAUGGGAGUCAAAGGGUUAAGAGAAGCAGUAUGUAGGUUUGAAUACUCGAAAGUCUAUCUGUUUUAACUGAGAGCUGAAGGAGAAUUUCACUGCAAUGAGUGAAGUAUGGUUUAUGUUUAAUGCCCUCGUUCAAUUGAGCAUUCAACAUCAAAUUUAAACUGAGAUUGCAUCAGGCUGGGGAUAAACAAUUCAGGCGAAGGGAAACUUUCAUUAGAUAUGACUGAAGGUACGUAAUACUAACAGAUCCCUUAAGUGCACAAAAAGUAGAAAACUUGUGAUACCAACGGAAAAAAGCAAACAAAGAAAAUCAGUACCUUUGUUAACAAACUAAUUAAAUGUUAAAUAUAUACGUAAAUGAACACAUGAAAAAUCAAUAAUCAUUAAAUACAUGGGCGAUUGAGAGGUUGUUUCACUAAUCUUUCAAGAGAUUUGUAAACUCCACUUGUUUCAUUCAAACGCAGCAAAAACAUAGGCAACUUUCUUUUUGGUCAGAAGUUACUACAAUCUAAUAAUCAACCUGAUACUUUCAAAUUUCGCGGCAAAAUGCAAAACUUGUCCUUUUAUUCAUAAAGUUAAUAAAAUAUCGGUCCCUAAGUGAUCCAUUAACGCCACUGAUCAUUUCACCAUGCAAUUCAUUUGAAAGGAAAUAUCAAUAGCCCCAUAAAAUUCGUUAAUUGCGCCAUGUUUCCAGAAAAUAAGACUGGAAAAUGGUUUUCCCACUUUCCACCAUUAAGAAAGUCCACGCAGAAAUAGAACUUGUAACGUGACUGCGUGACCUUUCAUGAGAAGUAAAAAUUGUUUAUAUUUUCUUUACGAGAAAACACUUCUAAAAAGUUCUUGAUCCUUCUGUUAUUUUAUUUGCCUGUUUUAUGACUGCAAUUCCCUCAGCGCGUUCCAUCAGAUUUGGAAGUAGGCUAUGAAAAGUCAAUGACCAGUACUGAAACUUUUCUAUCACUAUUUGUUUCACUAAUUUCACUAAUUAUUUUGAGGCGAUUUCCUUGGUGAAAACCAAGAAAAACCGUGGGGGUGGUCUAUCUGCCGAUUUUAGGGGUAAGAGAAUUUCUCAAAUGAAGCAAACCCCUAAAACACUCCAAAGCCUCCUUGCAGACUCAAAAUGAAGACUGGUACUUAUACGGAGCCUUGUAAGUGCCAUACAUGUGUGCGUACAGCAUCAUACAUGUGUGCGUCAUAUUUUGGCGCACACUUUCUUACCUGCGGCGAGACUUCUUUUUUGCUGGCGCGACUUUUUUUGCUGGCGCGACUUUUCUUUGCUGGUGCGACUUUCUUUUGCUGGCGCGACUUUUUUUCGCUGGCGCGACUGUAUUUUUGUUGGCGCGACUUUUUUUUUUGCUAGCGCGACUUUUUUUUGCUGGCACGACUUUUUUUCGCUGGCGCGACUUUUUUCUCAAGCGCUCAUUUGUAGAACGCUGUUAGUUUUAUUGUGGGCUCAAACUACGAGCACGUAUAGUUGUAAGCAAGAUGGCUGACUCGUCUGACUCCGAUCUAGAGAAAGUAAGUAGUAUUUAAUUUAGUUCUGAAUACUGUCGUAUUCGUUAACGAACUGAGAAAAUUAAUAGAUGGAAGGCAGCUAGUUUUAUUGUUUCGCUUUUUUUCUGCGUUGACAGUGUAAAUUAUCCGUCGAAAACACAAAACCAGGCUAUGCUCGAAAACCACAACAGGUAGAACAAGCUUGAUUCUUACUUUAUUUUACGCUGACAAGAAAAUUCAAGUAUAAUAAUACUCUUAAUAAAUAUCUAGUCCUGUAUUUAGGUCAAAAGUUAAGCAAAAAAUCGUUUCAACAUUUCAAGUUGUAAACGCGAAAAAGGCUAAAACAGGAGGAAGAUCGCUCAAGAUCUUACCUAAUCAGUGCAAAAUCUUGUAAGUAGUAUACGUCAUAAGAUCUCGGAAGAUCUUAGUGAGAUGUUCAACCUUGGACCAGUUGAUUUCUGGUGGGCACAUGAAUAAUGAUUGUAUAAAAAAUAACAUUAUCAUGAAAUGCAGUUUGUUUUAAACAAUACUAACCUGUACUUUUAGUUUUUAUCUUAUGAUGUUGUUGUUGAUGCAUUUACAGGUUUUACUUUCUACGACAACGAGGAGUGGAGGAAAGUGUAGUUGAGAAAUUUGAGGAAGAAAAGGUUAGCAUUUGGUUGUUUCAUACCUAGCACCCCUCCAGGCCAGGUUCUGUAUUUGAGGGUGCAUUGAAACUAACUCCUAAGCAGAUGCCUGUGAGUUGUCACAGCAAGCCAAAAUCACUGGCUCGUCAAUUAACUUUAGCUGGCUACCUUUGUGUCAUUUUACCAUUAACAACAACAUAUUAACAGAAAACCAUUGUUUAAACCAUCACGACCCCUUACUAUUUCUUAUCAGCCUUCUACUUCAAAGUUGUGCACUGAUCAAUAAUAUUGAUAUCUCAAUCUCCCCACCCCCUCACAAACAUACACACACCCAGACAAGGUGAAGAUUUGACUUGACUUGUCACAAAUGUUAAUAAACUCCCACACCACUGGGGCAUGAUAAACUACUAACUUCAUUUGCAUGUAAUACAAAUUAUGAUUCUAUUUCACAGUACAAGAAGAGCUAAACAGUGAAGGCAGAAGAAGAAGCACCUCCAUGGUGUUGCCCCUCUUUGAGUUAAUAAAAAUACCUGUAACUGUUAUAACAGUUUUUUUUUUCAGUGAAGGCCUACAAAAACCUAUCUAGUGGGCGUUACUGUAAAAAGUUGCCGUUUAUGUCAAAUGCGAAUGCACUCAGUGACAUUUCUCCUGAUGACACCAAGUCUUGUGUUCAUUUUAGUCUCAGUCAUAUAUUUGUUGAUGUUUGUUUAAAUGGAACUUACUUCCCAGUGGCAUAUUUUGUAAUAACUCUUUGUUACUGUUACUGUUUGUUUAACGUCGAAUACGCAAUAGUGACUUUUUGCAAAUUUUACCCUGACAAAUGUCAGACUAUUUUGCUUAUUCAAAGGAGACACCUCGGGUAUAAUGAAUUACAGUCACUGUUUAUGACGAAUGUGAACGCAUUCAGUGCUUACACAUUAACAUUGAUUGUGAUCAUAGUCAACGUUUCAUGUUCAUCAGCAUUAGACAGUUUUGUUAUUUGAUAUCUGUUAACUCAGUUGAAUUGGACAUUGAUUUCACUAAAGAGAAUUAUCUUAUGUUAAAUAUUUUGUUCUAUAUAAUGAAUAGUGACUAGGGAAAAUUUUGUCCAUGUUCUCCUUAUUGCGUGCGCAUCCUUCUUUUGACAAAAAGACGACAACAAUGAAUCGUUUGAGAUAGAAAAUUGCUCAAGCAACGCCCGAAAUAAAUGAAUCUUCUUGUUUUUAUCCAAAAGCCAGAUGAAGAGAUUCUAAUAAAUUUUUAUACAUUGAUAAAUGUAAAUAUGACAGAAAUAAAUAUAAUGAUUCAAGUUACUCGAGAGGUAAUAAGUUACUCAUUCUUUUCGUUUGAUCCUCAUUUAAUCCUCUCUUGACCCAAUGAAUGAAUAAAACGGAUAGAAUUUAUUUUUCCAGGUUCUAUUUUUUUACGGCUUUAAAAUACGAAGUGUCGUUUAAAAACCGUAAUUGGCAGGUUGCAGACCAGUCAGCGAUAUACAAAGCGCGGCCAAGGAGGUGAACAACUGAGAAUAAAUCUAGUGAUAACAGGGUGGAGGGCUUGAACCCGGGUACUAAUACUCAGCAUAGUAUGUCAGUUUAUAAUUACUCACUCUUGUACGUUAUAAAUUUAAUAAAGGAAAUACUCAGAAAAUAUUAAAGAAAUAGUACAAGUGAAGAGCCUAGAGGCUGAAUAACUGUUAAGUUUUCGAGUCGGCCUCCAUUUCAAUUAAGUUGCUUAACACCCUAAAUGCAUGAAUAUGAGGAAAUAUGACAGCGGCUAGGAUGAUCUACCGACUGAUAUAUCAAUCCAACUUUAAUUAGAGCUUUCUCUUGCUCCGGGUUUACUUUCCACAAGAAUACAGUGCACGCACUGGGAUGAAUUAUAUUCGGGACAUAUUGGAUUUCAUGUAUGUGAUACUGACUACCACCAUAAUCAUAGCCAUUACAAAUUCCUCAAGUAUUAUUGAUGCAUUCGCUGCUUCAUUUUUCACUAAUCAUUCUGUACAGUUGCAAUCGGACAAUGUAAUCGGACAGUUGGCUGUAAUCGGACAUCUGACCAAAAUAACCAUAGCAACAACCACCUAUCCAAAGUGAUUAACAAGUCAGACAAAAAAAAUCGGACUCCCGCUUCGCGGUCGUCCGAUUUUGUUUAUCACUCCUAUGAUUGCAGACCGAAUCGGAAUCCACUCGGUCCUAUUACCAUUAUUAAUUUCAAUGUAUAUGACUUUAUAUAUCGACUACCAUGAAUAGUAAAGUCAAUGAUAUUUAUUAACUUUAUCUUAUUAUAUCAAAGCUCCAGUGCUUCCACAUUAUUCAAAAUAUAGAGAGAGCGGAGCGGAAACGCAUGACGGAGGCUUGUCUGAUUAUUUUAUAAACACCGUGCAUAGAUUCUUAGAAGUCUACCACACCUCCUACAAAUCGAAAAUCACGCCUUAGCUGAGCAGAUAUUCUUCCCCUCAGUCGAACAUUUUGUCAUCUUAUUAUCUACUCACGCACCGUAUUCCUGGAGUCUAGACGACAACCAUCGAUAGCCACACUCCCCAUCGUCGUGUCCAUCCAACACUAGAAUAAGUCAAAAAAGUGAAAAAGGAAAGACAUAAUUUUCAAAAACUAUGUCAAGUCAGAAAUUUCUCUAUAUGAAAAGAGAUUGAAUAACAUACCCUUCCCGAAAAGGGUUAUAGGGGACCCUCUUGUCGCCUCGUGCUUUGCAGAGAAAUUGGGUCGGCGUUUUAAGCCUGAACCUUUCUUUUGAUCAUCUCUAAUCAUGUUUGAUCUCGCUAUUGGUACUAUUUCAGUGACGGUUUGGAACACAGAUGACGGAAACACUGGCCAAAUGGUAGCAAAAUUAAACAACCUGAGACCGAGGACAGCCCACAUCUUGGUUUUGGAAAAUUUACAGCAGAAUAAUCGUGCCAUUCGAAGAAAAUAAAAAAACACAGCAGUUGUAUAAGCUUAGCACCGUAAAAAUAAUGAUUUGCUUGUUGAAGGGAAUGAAAAAGAAACGAUCGUAUGGGAAAGUAAACAGCAUAAUUCAUAUAAGCAAGUAGUCUUUUCCUAAUACCCUCAGAGUCCAAACUUGCCAUCGAAUUGAAUCAACCUCUCCACCUUUUGCAAUGGCUUUGUCGUUGUUGUUUAAUUCUUUUUCAAUUACAUUUUUUUUGUUUUGUUUUUGUUUAUUUUUGGAUUAGGGGAUAAUUAUGCUUAUUAUUAUUAUUAUCAUUGUUUUAAUUAUUAUUAUAAUGAUUAUUAUUAUUACCAUUAUUAUUACAUAUGCAUGUCCAAAAACAAAAUAACCCUUUGCGAUUUUACUAACCACUAUGACAUCUGUGUGCAAUGUGAUAUCCCACGUCAAUACUUGCAGUGAUUCGUCUCCCAAGUAUAUGGAUAAGAAUGAGAAACAAUUAUUCGCGGACAACUACAAAAGAAUGAUUGAUAAUAGUUAUUUAAAUGUUGAUUAGAAUUCCCAUAGGUCAUAAGAGUAAACACGAAGGGACUGAAAAUCAAAGAGGUUAAAAGGGCGGACAGCAACCAAACACGCGAGGUACACAAAAGUAAUCAAACUUUAAGCUAUUUACAAACUAAAAUUUAAUUAUUGUAUGAAAUUUGCGCGUGUCCGUUAAGGUAAAAAUGUAAAGUUUUAGAACUGAAAAGAAUGGAACAAGGGCUGCAUGUGUAAUUGCAACUGGUGUGCUUAUUCCGCUUUGGCGCCACUUGCAGAUUUAAUCUAACUCGGCAACAAAGUGAAAUUUGACUGUUUUGAGAGGGGUAGGGGCUAUUAACAGUGGUGCUGCGCUGUUGGGGGUAUAACAAGAUAAUCUGGUGUUAUGAAAUUAGUUAAUAAUGCAAAUUGGCCACUGUAAAGAGUUUCUGUAGGAGACGGGCUCAGAGCUAAUAGAGGAAUUGUGGGUUGUCGGUGUAGUUUAUACAAUCUCUAUUCUCGUGUUUUUCAUGUUAAAUGUACUAUGUAACAAUCAGUAGUGUGGCUCUAUAUUUCUGUACAUAAACCACAAGCUGACCACAAUCUGUAGCUGUUUUACACUAUUAAAAGAACAGAAAAAUGAGAAAUAUUAAGAAAGCAUGCUCGUAAAUUUGUAUAAGCUUCGGUUUUUAAUUCUUCAUUUUUUUGGUUUGAUUUUUUUUUCAUUGCAAAGAUUCAACAAGGAUAUUAAAAAUCCGUUGCAGAAACAUAACGGAAACGAAGAACAGCGGGAACGUCCGGAAUUAAAUAUGACGGAAACAUGACUUGACAUUUCCGUUACGGAAAUAUGACGGAAACUUGAUAGAAUCGCUAAGACUUGGUAUAACACGUUUCCGCAAAACGUAAGUGUGGCGGAAACAUGAAGCUCUAUGUUUCGGUCACAUUUAAGAAAUGCGGAAACGCGGGAUUUCAUCGAGGAAAACUGGGUUAGCUUGACAGCGCAUGCUUUGAAUGAAAAUGUACCGCCAGAUUUAAAAGGGGAAUAAAUUUAGCACAUUUUGAUAUUUAAUUUGAUGGAGUUUGCGCCGAUUGUGGCAUAGCAAAAUGACUUCGAAUGUACUCUAUCUUGUUCCCUGCUUUCUUUUUGCUUGCUGCGUGACGGUGUCUGCAAUAGGAGACCACUUUGAAGGUGAAAAUGGCGAUUCAAACGUGAAGUUCAGCCGGGUUUGUUCUUCGUAUAUUUACGAAAUCAACAAGUAAGUAAAAUUAUUUAAAUAUGUAAUUAUAUUUUGAGGCGGUCAAUCACUAGAAAUUUCUGAAAUUGAAUAAUUUUGCCUUGCUUCUUGUAUUUAUUCUCGCAGCUAUUUAGUUCAUACCAUUUCAAAGGAGAAAAAAAAAAUUGGUUACUAAAGAGCAAAUUUGAUUCCAUGAAAAAGAAGGGAGGUGCGAGCGUCCGUAGGCUGCUUGAUUAGUGGAAAUCAACAACAUAUGCCUUCACGGUGUACUAUCAAGAGUUGGACAAAGCCUCUUUACUGCAAGAGAAUAAGGAAGUUCGGGGGCAGAAAAGAGUCCUUGAGGAGAAUGUUGUCAAUGAAGUGGCAAAAAGGCUCAAAAUGGAGGAAAAAUUCCAGCAAGCUCUUGCCAAAUCAGAAAAGUCUAGUGGUUUUUACAAGUAGAGAUUUAAGGAUUUGGCCAGAAAGGUUGCCAGCAUGAAUAAGAAAAAUUUAAGAGGCCCACAAAAGAAUAAGAGCUUCAGUGAAUAUGCACAAAGGCACCAAUCUAGAAUUAAAACACAACUUAAGGAUAGAUGUUAUUCAACACUCCCUUUUAUGGGAGAGUAUGAUUUUAUAGCAACCAAGGUGGAGAUAUUUAAUGCUGAAACCCAAGAGUAUGACUCACUUCAUUGAUGAAAAUGAACUUCCAUCUACUGAAAGCAACCCUAAAACACUGAACAGUGAUGAAAUUGAUGAUAUUAAUCUAUGAAUUUACAUAAAGGAUAAGUAUAACAUUUCUGACUAAGCUUGGAAAGAGUUAGUUAUGAAGGCUACUGAUAUGCCAAAUGCAUACAAGAUAAAAAAGAAUAUUACAGAUUUAAAUGUCAAAUGGAAGUUGAAACCCACCCCAGGUAAAGCUGAAGGAGUUCAAAUUUCCCUGAAGGAUAGCCUGAAGGAAAAAUUCAAAGGCUUAAAAUUAAAGGAGAUCUGGGCGAACAAGAAACAGUCAGGGUUAAUAUGAGUGAAGAUGGCACCAACAUUGGAAAGAGACUCAAGAUAGUGAACUUCACUUAUACCAUCUUAAAUGAAAAGGAAAAUGCCAUGAGUGAAAAGGGGAACUAUGUGCUGGCAAUUAUCAAAACAAAAGAGACCUAUGACAAUCUGAAAGAAAGUCUUUCAGAUAUUAAAACUGAAAUGGCUCAGUUAAAUGAAAUUGAGGUUGACAAUGUUAAGUACAAGAUUGAGUACUUCAUAGGUGGUGACUGGAAAUUCCAGGCUUGCAUUUGUAGCUUAGGUGCUGCAAACCAAGAUUACGCUUGAAUUUGGAGCAAAUGUCCAAGGGAAGAAAGGUAUAAUGUAACAAAAACCUGGUCUCUUAUUGAUAGGCACUAUGGGGCAAGGACAUGUGAGGAAAUUGCUAACCAUUCAAGAGCAAAGAAAUAUAACUGUAAAUCAUGCCCACUCUUUGAUUUUAUUCCAAUGGAUCAUGUAAUCAUUGCAACCCUACACUUAUUCCUGAGGAUUUUUGACAAUUUAUUUGAGCUCCUCAUUAGGGAACUGAAAAGGCAGGAUGCUAUCGAUAAGGUGAAAACGUUUCCUUGUGGCUUCAACAGGGAAAAAUAUAAACACAUGGCUGGUUAUGAACAUUUUCUUAGGCAGACAGGAAUUUCAUUUGAAUGGAGAGUGGAGUCAAACACAAAAAAGCUUGAAUACAGGGAUCUCACUGGACCAGAAAAGCUCCAUGUCAUCCAAAAUAUUAAUAUUCAGGCACUCCUUCCAAAUUUUGAAGAUCACAAGAAAUUAGAAAAACUUUGGAAUGAUUUUAUGGAAAUUAUUGAGGAUCUGAAACUUGACUUCCCUACAGAUGAGCCAAUUGCAUCCCUUACCGCAAAAAUAAAAUCAUGGUUACAACAAUUCCUCUCUCUAUAUCAAGCAAAAGAUGUGACACCCUACAUGCAUGCUCUCUACCAUCACAAUCCAGAAUAUUUGAAACUGUAUAUCAAUGUAGCACAUUUCAACCAGCAAGGCAUGGAAAAAAAUAGCAACAUCCCCUCUAAAGACUACUUUGGGUCUUCAAACCAGAGGAAUUGCUGCACUAGAGCAACUGUUUAUGAAGAAACAAAGAGUUCAAUUCCUGGAAGCUGCUGGUUGUGAAAGAGUCAAGAAAUCAAACAAAUGCUCCAACUGCCAAGAUCAUGGUCAUACUAUCAAGACAUGUACAAUGAAAUGCAAACUUUAUGAUUAUGCUAUCUGCUUUGGACACCUUGAGAAAGUAGACAGAAAGUGGGUGCAGAAAUGCACACUGUAAAGUGAUUUUACAUUACAGCUACCAAUGCUUGUCCUUCUGGACGAUCUGAUGGCUCACUUUCAGUUUCACUUUCAUAGUUUUUAAAUUCUUAAAUAUCAAUCCAUAUCAGUAACUGAGACCAGUUAUAAUCAUGCCUUAGAAAAACAAAUGUUAUUUGCAAUAAUCAGCACGAUAUUUAAAUAUAUUAUCAUGAUCUAUUAGGUAACCCAUACAGAAUUAUUUUAACAUGGAUUACAAUGUAAAUAUUUGCAAACCAAUUUUUUUUUGUCAAAAAGACAAUAAUGUUGUAUAAUAAAUCAUUUAGCAUCUUUCCAUACACUGCCUUCUAUUCCCAUCACCUCCAACAAAAGUAAAGACAAGCAUAUACGCAUCCUCAACCUCGCAUUUGACAUACUUGCCACCAAUAUAUUUGUAUUCUUGUAUAUUUACACGGGGUUUUCUUUGUUAUCCAGAAUCUAACAGUAUUUUUCUCCACAUAUGCAAAAUCGCCACUAGAAUUCAUAAUUCUCUCGUCCCACUUUGAACCAAGAACACCAUCUAAAAGUCGAUUGUCAGUUGCGCUGUAAACAUCUUUUCCUCGUUGUGAAGUGCUCAGAGUGACUUGCAAGUCCUGUGGAAAAUACAUCUGGAUCGACAUUCAUUUCAAUUCGUACCUCAGGGUCAUCCCUUCGACCAGACCAUAGCUUUCGCUUGAUAGCACGAUACAACUGACCGUGAAAAAUAUUUUUCCUGUCUUCCAUCGAUCCUCCAUCUUUUCUAAUCUAACAAAAGGAAAGUAAUCCCUCUCGCAGUCAUAGUUGCACCACUCAUCAAAUUCCUCGCUGAAACCCACGAAGUGAAUUUUUAUCUGUUUUCACUCAUUAUUCACGUCUACAAUAUUGACUUCAUACAAAUUUUUGUCUAUCUUUCGUCGCUUUCCCACUCUACCAACAUUAGCAGGGCCCAUCUCAUCGAAAUCAUCCACAAACCGUUUCGGCGCACUCGACAUUCGUUUCGGCCGGUCCGCCAUGUUUAAACACAACGCAAGCGCAGUGACAGCGUACUUCAUGUAACGAUCACCGUAAGCAAAUGUCCCCUUUAGUGGGCUUUGUGUUUGUGUUUUGUCUUUUUUUUCUAACGCUUAUCUUCACCACGCAGAUUCGCGACUAAUAGUCAUUACUUUCGAUUGCGUCGCCACAUAAUUUUCUUUUUUUGAAUAUCGAUUAUUCUUUAAAUAAAAAAUGAAAAAAAAAGAAAAAAAAAAAAGAAAAUAACAAUGACAGUGAGAGAAAAAGAAAGCGCAUAAGCGACCAAGUAUAAAUAUGAAAUCUUUUCCUCGUAUCUAUUUCUUCAGUGGUAGAUAUUUACCAUACAGACCUUUUUGACGGUCGGGCGACGUGAAUAUUGUGUGUUACUACCUUUUAUUCCACCAGACUACGAGUAGAAAAUACUAGAACAAAAAAAUGCAAUCAUAUAUUAAAUAAAUGGCAAUUAUGCAUAACUUAGAGACAAGUUCACAGCAAAAUUCCAGUGUUUAAGCUGGCCAAGUUCACAGCAUAAACUUUAGAAGAGAUAGCCUGUGGUUUUGAGUAAUAGAAAGUAUAUAAAUUAGGUUUUUACAGGGUUUGAGUUGGAUUAACUGUACUGAUUGGAGUAUACAUGCAAAUUUAUAUUAUAUAUGUGCAGGUCAAGCCAUUGACGUUUUUCUGGCUCAGGAUGACUAAAUUAAGCAAAUAGGUGCUUCCAUUGGGCAAAUGGCUGCUGGCACUCAAUAGAUUUCAUAAAUAUGUUUAAUACUUAAGUCAAAAUGGAUUUCUCAUUCAGUGAAAAUGGUUAUUUUCUCUCUUCGGUGAGCUUUUUUUUCUCCGAAUUUCGACCCCGACAUGAACAAAUAUGCAAACAUGUUUACGUUGCUCGCAUUCAGUAAGAUGUUGCGAAAUAGACUGUUAGACGCCUGGCCAAUAAAUAUUGGGUCUCUUCCCAAAAAUUUAUUCUGAUGCGUUAUUGAAAAGGAGUAAACUACUGGUUUGAAAAAGAAAAACUUCAUCGUCAAAGUGCAAUAUUGUUCUAUUUCCUUGACGAGACCUGCUUGAAAUUUUUAUCGAUUCGUUGAACAUAUCAAGUUAUCGAAAACUGGACCAUGAGCCUAUCAUACAUGCAAUGUACUAAUCCAUCAUCCCACCAACUGAUUAUCAGCAUCAUCACAUUGACUGUAACUUUCCGCAAAUUUUAACAAUUUAAUUUUCAUGUUCACUGGCUAAGGUUGAAAAUACAAAAAUUCAGAGACUCAUGUAAUGUCAAGUGGAUAAUGGCAUUGUUAAUUUUUAAUGAAGUGUUUUAUGCAAUAGUUAUCAUACGUUCAAUUUUUAGAUGAAGGUUCUUUGUCUGUUUACUUUAUUGAGAAGUUAAGAGCAAAAUUGCUUGCACUCUUCGAAGGAAGAAUAAUAACAAUAUUCACUAUAAUUAAUAAUUUAAUAUUGAUAAUUAACAUUAACAACACAAUAUAACUGGAUUUCACUAUCCGUUGUUAAUUACUUCUCGUGAUCUGUGCUCGAAUCUUGCAAGCUCCAGUAGAGGACCUGAGAAGUGCCUCGCCCACGGUAAGUACACUAUGAGGAACUAUAUUAUUUUGAAAAGUUUCCAACGGUUACGGUCCGCUGAAUUUGGCUGCACCAGCCGGCGAAUUGCUUAAAAAUCUUCUACGUAUUCACACUCGCGUUAAGGCAAUGAUGUAAUAAAUCACAAUUUAAGCCCUGAGUAUUAAGUUUAUUUCAAUCCAAUUUAAAAUAAAAAAUGAAAAGAAAAGAAAAAGAAAAUAACAAUGACAGUGGGAGAUAAAAUAAAAUAUUUUUCUCGUAUUUAUUUCUUCAGUAGUAAAUAUUUACUAUACAGACCGUUUUGACGGUCGGGCGCCGUGUAUAUUGUGUGUUACCAUCUUUUAUUCCACCAGACUACGAGUAGAAAAUACUAGAGCAAAAAAUAGCAAUCAUAUGAAUAAAGGGCAAUUAUACAUAACUUAGAAAUAAGUUCACAGCAAAAUUCCAGUGUUUAAGCUAGCCAAGUUCACAACAUAAACUUUAGAGGAGAUAGCCUGUGGUUUUGAGUAAUGAAAAGUAUAUAAAUUAGGUUUAUUACAAGGUUUGAGUUGGAUUAACUGUACUGAUUGGAGUAUGCUUUAGGUUUAAUGCAAAUUCAUAUUAUUUACAGUAAAUGGUUUGAACCUACACUAUUUCAUAUUAUUUAUUUAUGACUAGCAACUUCCUUUCUAGUUUCAGUAACAAAAGCGAUUCAUUGUCUCGAGAUAAUUUUCAGCUUGCAUGCAGCCGUGCUUUGAGAGAAUUCAAAGCACACUGGUCGAAAGUGUUCAUUUGAAAACGUUUUUCAAUCCUUUUGUUUUCUGAGAAUUCGUACCUGUUUCUUUAAAUAUGUAUUGCUGCAAAACAAACAUUUGAGCUGAAGUUUUUCAUUCUGGCUGAACCCAUACCUAGUGCUACUUUUUCUUGUAUCAGUAAAAUUUGCUUUAAAACUAUCUCGUUUCACCGUAUCUGACAACCUUUGUUCACUUUCUUUGUGAACUGGUGAAGGUAUAGAUAUAAACUUUUCAAACCGGGAGAGUAAAAAUGAUAUAACUUCUAAUUUAAUUUACUAAAGAAAUAAUUAAUAAUGUGUGGAAAAUCUGCGACGAAUGCAGAUUUUUCAUUAAAACACUCCGUAUUAUCACACUAUACGUGGUGAUUCCAAUAGCCAGCAAUGAUUUCCUUAAAAAAACAUGAAAUAAAAAUAAAAACAAAGAACCAAACUAACAGAGUAACCGACACACUUCUAGAAAAAUGCGUCUUCACAGGACGUAGGUGGAUAAUAUGACAUUGUUAAUUUUUAAUGAUAUGUUUUGAGCGAUAGGUAUCAUGUGCCCAUGAAGAGGUUCUUUGCCUUGUUUACUUUAUUGAGACGUUAAGAGCAAAAUUGUUUGCACUUUUCCCUUGAAGCAUUAAUUCCCGUAUAUUAAAAACACUCUAACUGGAUUUCACUAUCCGUUGUCAAUUACUUCUCGUAAUCUGUGCUCGAAUCUUGCAAGCUCCUGUGGAGGACCUCAAAGGUGCCACGCCUACGGUAAGUACACUAUGAGGAACUAUAUUAUUUUGAAAAGUUUCCAACGGUCAUGGUACGCUGAGUUUGGCUGCACCAGCCGGCGAGAAUUCCUCAAAAAUAUUCUAUGUAUUCACGCUCGCGCUUAGGCAAUGAUGAAAUAAAUCACAAUUUAUGUAUUGAGUAUUUAGUUUAUUUCAAUCAAAUUUUUGUUUUUUUAUCUUUUCAGUAGAAAACCAUGCAUCUGCGUUAUUUUGGUGUGUUCAUCGUCAUGUGCCAUGCACAGCUAACCCAAGCCAUUGCGCAGUGCGUUCGCCCCACAUAUUCAGAGUAUGGUCAUCAUCUUUCCGGUCACGUUAUUACAACAAGUAAAACUUUCAGCAUUACCGAGUGUGUGAUGUUUUGCUUGAACGAGUCUCGCUGCAAGAGUUUGAACUUUCGUUUAAAAGAUAAGUCAUGUGACUUGAAUUCUGCAAACAAACGUACUCAUUCAAGGGAUUUUGGUACGAAAGAAGGAUCAGUUUAUAUGAACAAGGUAUGGUAUUGGCGAAUUCUAUAAAAAGAAAUUAAACGAAAUAAUGGUUAUCUGGCAGUACAUAUCGAAAAAUUAUGCUAUUUAUUUCUAAAUCCGUAAUCCUCCCACAGUCAUGCUGACUUGAGAGACGAUAAUGUUUUCAUACAUUUGUCGUCUCACUUUUGCCGCCUGUGAUUGGCUCACAUAUAGAAUCAGAAAAUGACCUCGCAGUAUCUUAAUGUGUUCCUCACGUACGAUUCAAAAUUUCAGGUUCGAUUAAUAAAAUCUCUAUCCUUUUCGGUUUAAAAAGUGAGAUUUCUGCCUCUGGUUCGGCCUUUUGUCCAAACUUGAGAAGAAAAAAUACUCUUGUAUUAGGCUUCGUUGUUUCACGAUUGCGAUACAUCCUUUCCCGAAUAACCGAAACAUUUUGCAAUUAUUAUAUAAGAUGCAUUUGUUUAUUGACGAACCAUCUUUCUUGGAUGGUUGUUUGUUAAAAUAGGGCGUGGUACGCGGGGCUCCCAAAUAUUAGCAACAGAGAAAUAAGUAAACAAAUAAACAAAUGCGUGAAUAAAUAAAUGAUUGAAUAAACGAAGCCAUGUAGUCAAUAACAUAUCAAAACACAACAUAACAACCUUAUUUAUUAAGUGUCGAUGUCUUCAGCUUAGAGAGAGCUAUUUGGGAACACUAAAAAAUAAUGGGAAAAAACAAUUAUAAAAUGAGUUUAUACAGGGUAUUAUAAGGCAAAUUCAUAAUUCACUAAAGAUCUAAAAUUUAUCAAAAGUUAAAAUUUAAAAGUUAAAAGUUACAGAGUUGUCCCCGCUAAAAUAUACAGAAAAAUGCUAAGAAUAUUUUUCAAGGAUUUGAUAUUGAAUAAAAUGCACCGACCGGUCCAGGAUUUGUGCUUACAUCACCGCAGGACAGGAGACGCUGUAGCCUGGAGGUCAAAAUUUGGGUAGCGAGUAAUUCUCAUGGCAAAGCAGCCUUUCGGGCGAGUAGUACAUGCGCCAUGUCGGAUAAUAUGUUGUCGCGAACUUUGAUAGAAAAGAGCCUCCUUAGCAUAGGUAACCUCCACAAAACGGUGGCCGUUGAUAGAGGCCCGGGUCAGUCGUGUAUUAAGAGAGUAAAAAUUGCUUCAAAGUAAGAAACAGAGGCAUAGCAUGUUGACGAUGAAGGACCCAUCACUAAUCCGACCGCUAUGAGUACGUGACCAUAAUCUAUGAUGGUUAUUUCUGCCAAUAACCAUCUAUAAUCUAUAAUCCACAGGAUGAUGAAUUCAAAUCUUGUUCAGAAAUUCUAAAGGAAUUGCCUUAUGCUGAAAGCGGCUACUAUUGGAUAAUUAUUGGAAAUAGAGACGCGCAAGUUUACUGUGAUAUGGAAAAACAUGGUAUGUACAAAAGGAUAAAAUAAAAAGCAAAGAGUAAAUUGUACUUAAAAAAAAAAAAAAAAAAACCUUAAAUCUGCCUCUGGUAAGAGAGAAAGGUUACAAGUUCUGUUACUGUUUUUGCUCAGUGGCAGUGUUGCUUUAGUUGAGAUUUCGGCCAAUGCACUGAGGUUGAAUUGUCACUUUUGUCAGAGAUGGAGCCUUUGAGUACCUUUUCAAUUUAAAAAAUGAACAAAUAAAGGUAUAUAUUGAGGUUUUAGUUGUUUCUCAUUUACACAUUUAUUCAUUUACUGUUUUUCUUUUUUCCCCCUUCUUGCUCUAAGAAACGUUACCAGCAAGGCUACCUACAUCAAAUUUCUUAAGCGUGAAAUCGUGAAAUUCCCUUUUAAUGCUAUCGGAAAGUUUAUCACCGAGUAAGCGUCCUAUCUACAGUUUUCUCAGCUCGCGUUUAUAUUUAUCGAACAAAGACAACGUUUAUAAACUGAAAUGCGGCUACAUUUUGUAUUUUGAUUUUAUGCAGGCGGUGGAUGGACCUUAGCCGUGAGUAUCAGCUCCAAGAACAACGAUCAUCUUCAAAACGCAGCCAACAACUGUCUCAACUCCGUACUGUGCGUUCCUUUUACGCACAAGAACCAGGGCAGAAAGUUGAGUGACAGUGAUAUACAUGAAGUAGCAAAGGAAGAAGGUGAAUAUGAAAAAAAGACAAAUAGCGAUAAUGAUAAUAAUAACAAACAUGGUAAUAACAGUAUGACAUAAAGAGCGCCUAUAUUGUGGAUUUAAUCAAUCCACAUUCUGAGUUGACAUAUUGUGUUUGAAUAGCUCUUUUCAUGUGCAUUAUAACAUUCUUAUUUGUAACUCAUUAUAAAUCAUUGUCAAGACCCCUCCCUAUUCAAUGUUGCA